CGCUUCAGCAGAAGGCGCCGACUCGCGCGUCUCGGAGUACCGCGCGAAGAGCAGGGAGGCAGCGGUCGGGCAGCCAUGGCUUCGGAAAAAGCGGUCGCCGGCGUUGCCACGCAGUUCCUGGGCGCCUUCAUUGCUAACCUCAUAUCACUGAACACUGGUUACGUCGUCGGGUGGUCGGCUGUGGCUAUCCCUGUCCUGGAGAACAAUGGGACAGCCAACGAUACCGCUCCGUUGGAUCGGCCGCUGACUAAAGACGAAUCAUCAUGGGUGGCGACAGUCCUCUUCAUUGCUUGGAUCGCGGGCCCUGCAGCUUGCAGCUUCAUAAGCCAGCGCUGGGGCUACAAGGUCGCUGGUUACCUGGUGGGUACCAUUUCGGCCAUGGCCGGAGUGAUCAUCAUGCUGGCGCCAUCACUGGCCACCAUGCUGGUGGGACGAGUCUUGACUGGAUUUGCUGCCGGCUGUACACCUGUGGUCACCACGACCUACAUAACCGAAGCGGCACAGGAACACAUACGGGGCGCUGUCGGUACUUUCUUUGGGCUCCUCUUCAAUGGUGGUAUCCUGAUCGCUUACCUCAUGGGCGCCGUAGCCUCGUACCAAAUCGUUUGUGCUAUGGCCGUCAUCUUGCCAAUUGUAUACCUACUGGGGUUCUUCUUCCUGCCCGAAUCACCACAGUAUCUACUGUCCAAGGGUAGAGAUGGCGACGCUGUCAAGUCCUUGAGAUGGUUCCGCGCUGCUGGCCACAACGUCAGUCAGGAGCUGGAACAGUUGCGGUCGAAUCUCGACAGUGGCGCGUCGGAAAACGGGGGGAGAGGGCUUUCGGUGGUUCAGUUCUUCAAGGACAGGACGUGCCGCCUCGGCUUCAUUACCGUCAUCAUGAUCAUCCUCAACCAGCAGUUCGCUGGCGUUACGAUAGCUCUGAACUACUUAGUGCAGAUGUUCUCCGCAACCGGCAACAGUUCCACAGCGGCCUGGUCAGCCGUAGUGGUUGGCGCCCUGCAGUUUCUGGCGACCUUCGUAUCCUCCGCACUGGUGGACCGGGCUGGGCGUCGCCCACUCCUGAUGGCCACCAACGGCGGGAUGGCCGCCUGCCUGCUCGCUCUGGGCGGCUACUCCUUCGCCCAGGACCGCGGAUCGGACGUGGCUUCUGUCUGGUGGCUGCCUGUGGCCGCCAUGUCGCUGCUGCUCUUUCUCAACGCCAUAGGCGUCGGCCCACUGUUCUUCGUGAUCGUCAACGAGCUGUUCGCUCCAGAGGCCGCACCAGUUGGUGUCUCCAUCGGCCUCGGUUGUCAGAUGGUGGUCGCCACCUUCGUCAUGAAGUCGUAUGUCAUACUCGUCGACUGGUUGCAGCUCUACGGUUGCUACUGGUUCUACAGCACUUGUUGUAUCUUCAGUAACGUGUACAUAUUCUUUUUCCUACCGGAGACAAAGAAUCGUCCCAUUAGUGAAAUUCUUCGAGAUCUAAGGAGAGAGCGGAGAAGGAGGAAUGAAGACGCAGAAAAGUACGAUCAGGUGUCUACGAAGGAGAGUCAUAAGCAAGUUGCAUAGUAGUGUACAACAUCUACAAAGUAUUAGAGCGAAACCAGUGAUUUGCCCGAUAGUGAUUUAACUUGAAGGGCAGGGCUGAAUUCAGGUUCCUAGAUCAUCCCUUUGUACUUUUGUUAGCUUUCCUUUCUUAUUUGUGCAGAGGGCAAAUGAACUCACUUCUGGCAGAACUAAAGUGCGUAUACUGUGUGAAAUGAUUCUGUUACAAAAGUCGAAGUCAAGUAUGUAUUGUGCGCUAUUUAGAGUAUAAGGAAUUACAAAGGAAGAUUUUAACUCUGUGGCUUUAGGGCUUUUCUUCUAUCGACAGUUAAAUUUACAGUUAUAUAACGAUUUAAGAACCGUAUCGAAAGUGUCUAAACCCGAAACCGAAAACUUCGAAAUACCAGGUGAUCAAAAAGUCACUAUAAAUUUGAAAACUUAAAAAACCACGAAAUAAUGUAGAUAGAGAGAUACAAAUUGACACACAUGCUUGGAAUGACAUGGGGUUUAGGGCUUUUCCUCUAUCGACAGUUAAAUUUACAGUUAUAUAACGAUUUAAGAACCGUAUCGAAAGUGUCUAAACCCGAAACCGAAAACUUCGAAAUACCAGGUGAUCAAAAAGUCAGUAUAAAUUUGAAAACUUAAUAAACCACGAAAUAAUGUAGAUAGAGAGGUACAAAUUGACACACAUGCUUGGAAUGACAUGGGGUUUUAACAGAAACAAAAUAAUACAAAAGUUCAAAAAAUGAUGACAGAUGGCCCUUCAUCCGAUCAGAAUAGCAAUAGUUAGCAUAACAAAGUAAGACAAAGCAAAGAUGAUGUUCUUCACAGGAAAUGCUCCAUAUGUCCACCAUCAUUCCUCAACAAUAGCUGCAGUCGAGGAAUAAUGUUGUGAAUAGCACUGUAAGACAUGUCCGGAGUUACGGUGAGGCAUUGGCGUGGGAUGUUGCCUUUCAGGAUCCCUAGAGAUGUCGGUCGAUCACGAUACACUUGCGACUUCAGGUAACCCCCAAGCCAAUAAUCGCACGGACUGAGGUCUGGUGACCUGGGACGCCAAGCAUGACGAAAGUGGCGGCUGAGUACACGAUCAUCACCAAACGACGCGCGCAAGAGCUCUUUCACGUGUCUAGCAAUAUGAGGUGAUUUUUUUGUUCUAAUAGAACCCCAUGUCAUUCCAAGCAUGUGUGUCAAUUUUUACGUCUCUAUCUACAUUAUUUCGUGGUUUAUUAAGUUUUCAAAUUUAUACUGACUUUUUGAUCACCCUGUACCUGCUGGCGUAAAGACUGCCCAUCGUUUUCAAGUCAACCAUAAAUCACACUGUACUGCACAAUCAGUGUGGCUCUAGUUUCACAUCUUAUGACACUGGACUAAACUGGCUUUCGCGAAGCCUGGGUAUACUUCCAAUGUUCGUCAAUGCGUGAUUGGGCAUGUGAAAUUCCAGCAACAAAAUAACAGCCUUACUACUUUAGCGGUAGCUGUAAAGAAUUUCUUAUGUACAUGACAACUGGAUAAAGUAAAUUAUUCCUGUGAUCUCUCUUCCGCCGAAUGCGAGUGUAAACCUGAAAAUUUUUGCAGUUUUGUUGUUGUAUUGUGUGGACAAUGUGAUACGUGUCUGUACUGUGUUCAUAAUGACUGUUUCAUCAAAUAAAUUUUUCGAACCUUUAAUAAAGUA